AUGGUGGCGACAUACGUAACCCACCUCCAUCACCCACCUCCAUACGCCACCAUCCAGAACCUCUAUCCAGAACCUCCAUCCCCCACCUCCAUACGCCACCACCAUCCAGAACCUCCAUCCCCCACCUCCAUACGCCACCACCAUCCAGAACCUCUAUCCAGAACCUCCAUCCCCCACCUCCAUACGCCACCAACCCAUCCAGCAACCAUACCCAUCCAGAACCCUCUAUCCCCCACCUCCAUGACGCCACCACCAUCCAGAGAACCUCUAUCCCCACCAUCCAUACUCCACCACCAUCCAGAACCUCUAUCCCACCUCCAUACCCCACCACCAUCCAGAACCUCCAUCCAGAACCUCUAUCCCCACCCCAUACGCCACCACCAUCCAGAACCUCCAUCCCCCACCUCCAUACUCCACACCAUCCAGAACCUCUACCCCACCUCCAUACCCCACCACCAUCCAGAACCUCCAUCCAGAACCCCAUCCCCCACCUCCAUACGCCACCACCAUCCAAACCUCCACCAGCACUUCCAUCCAGAACCUCAAUCCCACACCUCAUUCCACACCUCCAUCCCCCACCACCAUCCAGAACCUCCAUCCCCCACCUCCAUCCAGAACCUCCAUCCCCACCUCCAUCCAGAACCUCAAUCCCCACCACCAUCCCCCAUCUCCAUCUCCAACCCCCACUACCAUCCCCCACCUCCAUCCCCCAUCUCCAACCCCACCUCCAUCCCCAUCUCCAACCCCCACCACCAUCCCCACCACAUCCCCAUCUCCAUCCCCCACCUCCAUCCCCCACCACCCAUCCCCAUCUCCAACCCCACCACCAUCCCCCAUCUCCAUCCCCACCACCAUCCCCACCACCAACCCCCACCACCACCCCAUCUCCAACCCCACCCCAACCCCCACCACAUCCCCAUCUCCACCCCCACCUCCAUCCCCACCACCAUCCUACCCCUCCUCCUCCCCAGCUUCAGGGACUGCCACCCUCCCCCUAUCAGAACAUCUUCUCUGGGUAAGAAAGGCCUGUCAGACUGCCACCCUCCCCCUAUCAGAACAUCUUCUCUGGGUAAAAUAGGCCUGUCAGACUGCCACCCUCCUCCUAUCAGAACAUCUUCUCUGGGUAAGAAAGGCCUGUCAGACUGUCACCCUCCCCCUAUCAGAACAUAUUCUCUGGGUAAAAUCGGCCUGUCAGACUGCCACCCUCCCCCUAUCACAGCAUCUUCUCUGGGUAAAAUAGGCCUGUCAGACUGUCACCCUCCCCCUAUCAGAACAUCUUCUCUGGGUAAGAAAGGCCUGCAGCCUCCCCCUAUCAGAACAUCUUCUCUGGGUAAGAAAGGCCUGUCACCCUCCCCUAUCAGAACAUCUUCUCUGGGUAAGAAAGGCCUGCCAGCCUCCCCCUAUCAGAUCAUCUUCUCUGG